CAGUUAAUAUUAUUGGCAGCAGCGAUCGGCCCGCAAUCAUUCGAGAAUAAUAUUAAUAUUGGCAUAUUCCGGCCUGCCUUGGGACGUACUCUUCAUCUAGUUCAGUGUUGUUGCUGCUGGCUGCAGUCUUCUCUGCUUCCUGCCCCUGCCUAAUUCCUUGUUUUUGCUAUUUCCUCCAUCCACCACAAGCUGCCCCUCCCUGCACUCCUCCGUUGGCGCCUUGGUCUCUGCCUCCUGUCCAGCAUCGCUGGUGUCUCGUGUCCACCUGCUCAAUCAAUGGCGGAUGCACCCUGCCGCUUUGAGUAGUCGCCAGCCCUAGUGAUAAUCUAAGCUGAUAUGGCAUGAUACUAUUCUCAGCCGUCUCUUGCUUUGAUCGUCUGUCGUCGCUCUCCUGACUGCCGCCGUGCGGUUGACUCACCGGCAUGCGCUCCUAACCGAUCCCUUUUGUCUCCGUGCGACGUCGCAAAUACUCAGCUUUGCCAUCAUGCCGUCAUCUUCCAGAUCAGACAGCUUCAAAGGACAGAGUCUUGAUAGCGAGAGCUUCCCGAACACCUUUGACCAUGCCGCCGCUGGACAUGACGGACUUCGUUGCCAUCUAUCCGGCUCUCUGAUAGCGAAACCGUGCACAGCGGGAGAGGUUGCCUUCUACGAAUCGAGUGUCUACCAUUCCAAUAUCCAGGCUUUCAUGCCCCAGUGGUAUGGAACACUCACCUCGACCGAUCAACAGCAGCCGUUGUCCAUGGUGGCUGAUAUUCAGCACCAAGGACGGAUCAUGUUGCCUCCAUUGACCGCCUCUCUCCCGACAAAUAUACCAAACGGCCCGCUCCACAAACCAACGCCAUCACAAGAAAUACCGUGGACGCCCUCAGGGGGCCGCAAACUAAAUACUGGCAUUUCAAUUGUAUUGGAAAAUAUCGCCGAAGGGUUCAAGCGGCCGAAUGUCCUGGAUGUGAAGCUAGGCGCUCGGUUAUGGGCGGACGACGCUCCUCCGGCAAAACGCACAAAAUUGGAUGCUGUUUCAAAAGAGACGACGAGUUCCUCGUUAGGUUUUCGUAUUGCAGGCAUGAAAGUAUGGGUUGGUAAUGACGAAUCCUCAGCGGGCAACACGGACCCCGAAUUUACCGAUCCGUACAUGACCAAAUAUGAAGGAUCCGCGGCCCAACAUGGCCAAGUUGUCGAAAUCAAUGGCUACAAACGGUAUGACAAGUGGUACGGCCGUUCUUUUACCGCCGAGAAUGUGACGGAAGGCUUCAAGACCUUCUUAGCAGGAGCCAAGGCUGGCAGGGUUGACCGGUCAAAACUUAUUGCCUCUCGCGUGGCAGAGGAACUUCGAGCCCUUAAAUAUGCUCUUGAGUCAGAAGAAAGCAGGAUGUACUCGUCUAGCGUAUUAGUGAUAUACGAAGGCGACCCAGAUGCCUUGGAAGAAGCCUUGGAGUUCGAGAAAAAACGAAAGGAAGAGGAGGAAGCUAAUCCCCGUGCUGAUUCACCAGAAUCAGAAACAUCACAAGCAUCGAAGGAGAUUGAUAUAUCUGAACUUGGCACUCUACAGCCAUUGAAUCUCCAACUCGGAGAAGGAGCAAACGUCCAACAGGCCCUGAAUAUUCAGUUGGAUCCCCAAUCGCUCUCUGAAAUAGGAGCGCAGGACGGUGACGACGAAGAAGAAGAUGAAGAAGAACCAAUAAAGGUGCACGAUUUUCGCCUGAUCGACUUUGCACAUGCAAAUUGGACUCCGGGACAUGGACCUGAUCAGAAUUCCCUGAUGGGCAUCAGAAGUUUAAUAAAGAUCAUGGAAGAUCUUGCAGAGGAAAAAUCAGAAGCUGAUGGGAAAGCAUGAUGCCAGCAGCUACACAUUGAUGCCUUGAUAAGAACUUCAAAGAUUGCUGGCAAUCUCAAAAAGUUCAGUGAUGUAUUGUACCUAUUAUCUACAGAUUUCCCAUGUUACUUAAGCAUUCUAGCGAUCAGUCUUUAAUAGAUUCUACUUCGUUUACUCUUUACGUUAGCUGAAAUUAUUAAGCAGAGGUUUCAAUAUUU